UAUAGGCUGAUUUAUCUCUUAUCAGAGAAAAAACUAGAAAUCCUCAAACAGUAUAUUAAAGAUAUACUGCAGAAAGGCUGGAUUAAAUUAUUAAAAAGUUUUAUAGGAGUAUUAAUCUUUUUUACCCUAAAAAAGAAUAACAGAUUUUAUUUUUAUAUUAAUUACAGGGGCCUUAAUAUAAUUAUUAUUAAAAAUUAUUAUUCUUUAUUUUUAAUUAGCAAGAUUAUUAACUAA